AUGAUCCCUUUGGAACUCAGACCAGAGUUUGCUGACGUACCGUUGGAGGCAACAUCGCCAAAUCUCUCUACAGACCAUCUUGAUCUGAGACCGCGUGCAUCGGCGGAGGGCCUGUUCGGCAAAGAGUUGGAGUUACGAGUCACCGGCAUUAUGUCACGUGGCAGCACUUCCGAGGAUUUCUGCGCGAGUUAG